AGUGACCCAUUCAUGAUCUGUGUUGUCAUUGAUCUUGAGCCUGGUUUUAAUUCUCCGACUCGUGUUGGGAAACAAUGUCUGCUUUCAGUGACGUCGUGAAUAAAUCGCUUCCUUUUCUGCUCCUUCAUGUCACAUUUACCCGCAGGUAUUUGCCCUGGUUUUUCUUUGCCCUUUCCCUCGGAGGAUCUUUACUGAAAGAGCUGGAUGUGGUGCCGAGUUCAUACUUCAGCAACAGCAGAAACCUUCUGAACGUAUACUUUGUGAAAUUCUCCUGGGGAUGGAAUGUGGUCUUGUUGCUACCGUUUAUAUUUCUGUCCAACUCCUACAAGAGAAACCUCAUCUUUGUGUCCAAACGCCUCACGUCUCUCGUGGUAGCCACAGCCAUUUGGUACUCCUGCACGGAGAUGUUCUUCUACAUUGAAAACGUCACAGGGGCAUGCUACGAGACGGACGCCAUGCAAACGGUCCAGGAGGGUUUCAGCACGAAGGCCGAGUGCAGAAACGCCGGCUACUUUUGGGGAGGUUUCGACAUAUCCGGCCACUCCUUCAUAUUAUCUUACUCAACGCUCCUAAUUGUGGAAGAAAUGGUUCCUAUGCUACAUCUUGUCCAACAUUACCAAAACAGAACCACGGUUCUUGAUGCCCUGUACCUCGCACUCAAUGCGAUUGCAGUUAUUUGGGUGUGGAUGUUUGCCUGUACAUCGGUGUACUUCCACAACACGAUCCAGAAGUUUCUGGGCACCUUGUUUGGUGUGUUGGGAUGGUAUAUGACCUAUAAGGUUUGGUACAUGAACCCUUUUUCACCAGGACUCCCUCCUCACCAGAGUGACCAUAAACAACAUGACUAGACUGAAGAGUUUACAAAUAAGUACUUGGAAUACUACAGUGGAACAAACUGACGUGUAAAGCUAUGACUCCAACCUUUUGAUCAGAGCUAUUUGCAGGUUCCGUACAUGAGACAUCUGUCCUUUUUAAAGGUCGUUGGGACCAAGGGAUUUGUGCACACAAAUCCCUUGUUUCAUCGAGGUGGUUAGCAGCUGGUGUUCCAAAACCGACUGUGUAAUCGGAGAGCGUCUGCAAUAUCUAAAGCUUAUUGUUGCCUUUUAAAAUAAAUGGCUUCAGAUUCAUGAUGAUCUCCUCAGUGUGCAACUUUUACAUAUGUUUCCAACAAGUGCUUUAAGUAUGUCUUAAAUGCUACAAUGUCUAGUUGUUUUCUUAAAAAACAUCCAUAAUGCUAGAACACGUCACUUCUAGGAAAACUUGUUGAUGAUUAUUAUUCUGCCCAUGUUGUGUAGUGACUGUAGUUGAGACACUGUGUGUUACCCAUAAUGCACUAGCAGCAAAGAAAUUAACGGUGCGUUCCAUUUGUAUUGGAAAGUCAGGAUUUCCAAGUCCCUUGUUGGAAAUAUCAGUUGGAACGGUCCGUGAUGUUGGAUUACCAACUCGGAAAGUCGCUGGAACCUCACCAACCCCAGCUUCAAAAUCCAAGAUGGCUGCUCUGCAUAUCAACAGAGUGAAAGCUGUAGUAAUAUACUGAUGUUAUUAAAACUUCUGGGAUCAACUGGUAUUGCUAACAAUGACUAACCUGGCUAUAAAUUGCUGGUAUUGGUUUUCCGGCACGCAUUCGACUCGAGCGUGAUGUCAUUCCCAGCUCCGACUUCCGAGGAUGUUAUCAAAAGAUAACCUCCAACCUUACACUCAACCUCUAGUCUAGAGGUUUGAGGUUGUAAUUGUUUGUAGCACAGCAUUGUUGAAUUCUUGAUUCGGAUUGGUCAGAUGAUGUUCAUGUAGUAGGCUAAUUUUCAGACUGCAAAACAAAUUACACGUUUAUAUUAAUGAGCUGGUUCUCAAACGUGAUCGUUUCUAGAGCAACAGCUCAUUCACAGAGAGUUGUACGACGGAAACUCCGCGUAAACGUAUUGAAAAACGCAAACAAUCGCUAUUAAGAUGAGGUUUUGUGAAAGGAGUCUCCAGUGUCGGUGCUUUUCGUAACAGUCAGAGGUAAAGUUGUAACUUUAAUGUAACAACAAUAAAUUAUUCCUUGUGGUUUCUUGGUAACUUGACAAGUGAUGUGUUUUUUUUUUUUUUUUUUGUCUUGUUUAUUUCAAGCAAGAGAAACGUUAACUGAAAGUAUAAAAGAAUUAAAAAGUACCAUAUGUUCUUGAAUCAAUGAACAAUUGUUAUCAUUGAUAUAAGAUGGAUAAAACUUGCUAUUAUUGGGAAAUAAUCAACUUCAAGCUUGUAUAAUCAACUAUAUUAUUGAUUAUUUUCCCAGAACAGCGUGCCCUGUUGUGGUUUAUUCCAUUCUUGGUGGCUUUCUACCAAGUUCAGCUGAGUGCAUUGAUUUGAUUUGAUUUACAGUGUCCUUGCAAAAGUAUUCAUCCCUCUUGGUGUUUGUCCUGUUUGGUCGCAUUACAAGUUGGAAUUAAAAUGGAUUUUUUGGGGGUUGGCACCAUUUGAUUUACACAACAUGCCUACCACUUUAAAGGCGAAAAUUGUUGUUUUACUGUGACAAACAAUAAUUAAAACAAAAAAAACCCCAGAAAUCUGGAGUGUGCAUAGGUAUUCACCCCCUUUCGUAUGAAACCCCUAAAUAAGAGCUGGUCCAACCAAUUCACUUCAUAACUCACAUAAUUAGUUGAUUAAGAUCCACCUGUGUGCAAUCAAAGUGUCACAUGAUCUGUCACAUGAUGUCUGUAUAAAUCAACCUGUUCUGGAAGGACCCUGACUCUGUAACACUAUUAAGCAAGCAUCAUGAAAACCAAGGAGCCUCCAAACAGGUCAGAGACAAAGUUUUGAAGAAGUAUGGAUCAGGGUUGGGUUAUAAAAAAUAUCCCAAACUUUGAAUAUCCCAGGGAGCACCAUUAAAUCCAUUACAGCAAAACGGAAAGAAUAUGGCACCACUACAAACCUGACAAGAGAAGGCCGCCCACCAAAACUCACAGACCGGGCAAGGAGGGCAUUAAUCAGAGAUGCAACAAAGACACCAAAGAUAACACUGAUGGCGCUGCAAAGAUCCACAGCGGAGAUGGGAGUAUCUGUCCAUAGGACCACUUUAAGCCAUACACUCUACAGAGCGGGGCUUUAUUGAAAAGUGGCCAGAAAAAAGUCAUUGCUUAAGACAACACAUUUGGAGUUUGCUUAACAGCAUGUGUCAGACUCCCCAAACACAUGGAAGAAGAUUCUCUGGUCAGAUGAGACUAAAAUUGAUCUUUUUGGCCAUCAUGGGAAACGCCAUGUGUGGCGCAAACCCAACACCCUGAGAACACCAUUCCUACAGUGAAGCAUGGUGGUGGCAGCAUCAUGCUGUGGGGAUAUUUUUUAUCUGCAGGGACAGGAAAGCUGGUCAGGACUGAAGGAAAGAUGGAUGGCACUAACUACAGGGCAAUUCUGAAGGAAAACCUGUUUGAGUCGGCCAGAGGUUUGAGACUGGGACGAAGGUUCAUAUUCCAACAGGACAAUGACCCUAACCAUGCUGCUAAAGUGAUACUGGAGUGGUUUAAAGGGAGACAUUUAAAUGUCUUGGAAUGGCCUCAUCAAAGCCCAGACCUCAAUCCAAUUGAGAAUCUGUGGCAUAACUUGAAGAUUGCUGUACACCAACGUAACCCAUCUAACUUGAAGGAGUUGGAGCAGUUUUGCCUUGAGGAAUGGGCAAAAAUCCCAGUGGCUAGAUGUGCUAAGCUAAAAGAGACAUAUCCCAAGAGACUUGCAGCUGUAAUUGCAGCAAAAGGUGUGGGGGGGUUUUGAAUACUUAUGCACACUCCAGAUUUCUGUUUUUUUCAACUUAAUUAUUGUUUGUGUCACAAUAAAAGAUAAAAAUAAAACAAUGUCACCUUUAAAAUGGUAGGCAUAUUGUGUAAAUCAGAUGGUAUUAACCCUCCAAAAAUCUAUUUUAAAAUCCAGCUUGUAACGCAACAACACAGGACAAACACCAAAGGGGAUGAAUACUUUUGCAAGACACGGUCUUGUAUUAUUUGUUCAUAUCCUAAUACCUAUGUAUAGAAUGCUUUUUCUCGCUACUCUUGCUUUUUGAUUGUCUAUGCUCAUAUACAGUACUUAUCUAUGACUUGUCAUGUUUUGUCAAUAAUAGUAAUCAAAGAAGCAACACUAGAGGUUGGGAUCCACUGUAAAUAUCGAUAUCGCCUCAUUAUUUCAUUUUGUUUUAACGUAACCUGCUUUUUGGGUAACCGUUUGCCCUGACGAUCAUUUGUACGACUCUCUCAAUUAUGUUCAUUAUGUCUUGUAUUAGAUAUGGUUAGUUUUUUCUUUUUUAUCCGACAUCUAGUUUUAGGUUUGUUUACCUGACAUGUU